UCUAUUCUGGAGAGAUAGAAGUGAUAUAAUGUUAGUUUGAUGGACGGACGGACGGAGGGAGGAGAAAAUGAGAUGGACCAGGGCCAAUGAUCUGCAAGCACAGGAACUAAAGAAGAGGCAGAGAAAUGAUUUCAUUGAGAGCUUGUUCUCUACCCAGACUGGGGGAAAAAAAUGGGAGCAUGCUACAGAGGAUGAGAGGAUGAGGAGCAGCCAGGUGUUUUAAACCCAUUUAGGGGCAUUAUUAUUAUUAUUAUUAAAACAUUUUGUCCCCCUCCAAAAAAAAUGAGAGCCACAUCCAAGACCCCGCACUAACGCAGGCUGAGGAGAAACUGGACGCGUUUCUACUCCUUAAUGUUCCCAAACGGAGCGGAGCAGAGACCGGUACUGGCUCGCGGCCGAUGCCCGGAGGAGAGCUGCUGCUGCGGCGGCGGCGGCGGCGGCGGCGGACCAGAGGGAAGGCGGCACCCGAGAGUCGCUGUUCACUACCGGGGAUCUAGGCGAACCUCGCCGAGGCUGAGGCUGCGGGCAUGGGCUGCGCUCCCAGCAUCCACGUCUCUCAGAGCGGGGUGAUCUACUGCCGGGACUCGGACGAGUCCAACUCCCCCCACCAGACCACCACCAUCUCCCAGGGCACGGCGGCCGCCACGCUGCACGGGCUCUUCAUCAAGACGGACGCGGCCGAGACCAUCCCCUCGGUCAUCACCUACCAGAGCCGCCACUCGCGCAACAACUCGCACCGGGAGCGAAGGGAGAACAGCGGGGGGCACGUCCGCAUCGAGGCCGAGACCCAGACCAGCCUCGCCAGCCUUAAGGUUUCUGCCACAGAAGAAUGUGUGGGACCUAUGAGGCUGACUAAGGAGCCAAUUCAAGUUCUGCUGGUGUUCGCUAAGGAGGACAGCCAGAGCGAUGCCUUCUGGUGGGCCUGCGACCGCGCCGGCUUCCGGUGCAACAUCGCGCGGACGCCCGAGUCUGCCGUCGAGUGUUUCCUGGACAAGCACCACGAGAUCAUCGUCAUUGACGGACGUCACUCGCGCUACUUUGAGCCCGAAGCCGUCUGCCGGAUGAUCCGCGCCACAAAGCCCUCGGAAAGCACAGUUAUACUUGCUGUCGUACCACAAAAACUCCCGGACCAAGAGGAACCAUCCGUUCUCCCUCUCCUCUGCGCUGGAUUUAGCAGAAGGUUCGUGGAGAACAGCAGCGUGUCAGCGUGCUAUAACGAACUCAUCCAGACCGAACAUGGAGAGGUGUGCUGCCAGUUCAAACUCAGGGCCUGCAACUCUGUCUUUACGGCCUUGGAGUACUGCCAAGAGGCCGUGGAAAUCACCAGUGAGGAUCACAUCAUUCAGUAUGUGAACCCGGCCUUUGAGAGGAUGAUGGGAUACCACAGGGGGGAGUUGAUUGGAAAAGAACUGACCGAACUUCCCAAGAGCGACAAGAACAGAGCCGAUCUACUCGAUACAAUCAACACCUGCAUCAAAAAAGGCAAAGAAUGGCAAGGCAUUUACUUUGCCAGGAAGAAGUCAGGCGACAGCAUUCAGCAGCAAGUGAAGAUACUGCCUGUCAUCGGCCAGGGAGGAAAAAUCCGACAUUUCGUAGCCAUCAAGCGAGCUCAUACCGACAACAACAAUCAGGUCCUCAAAAUGAACAAGGAAGACAGAUGCAGCGGGGACCAUUCUCAAUCAGAGUGUCAUUCACUGCGACACAGGGACAGACGGAAAGAUUCGAUCGACGCCAGAUCGGUUGGUUCCCGUGGCAGCGACGCUCCUAGUUUACAGAACCGGAGAUAUUCUUCUGUUGCAAGAAUCCAUUCGAUGACAAUUGAGGCUCCCAUCACCAAGGUAAUAAACAUCAUCAACGUGGCCCAGGAGAGCAGUCCGGUGACGGUCGCCGAGGCUCUGGACCGCGUGCUGGAGAUCCUGAGGACCACCGAGCUCUACUCCCCCCAGCUGGCUUCCAAAGACGACGACCCCCACACCAACGACCUGGUCGGGGGGCUUAUGACUGACGGGCUGCGGAGGCUCUCUGGGAAUGAAUAUGUUUUCAGCAAAAAUAUGAGCCAGAGCCAGCUGACCAUCCCGGUAACGCUCAACGACGUUCCUCCGUCCAUCGCCGAGAUGCUGAACGACGAGGAGCGCUGGGAGUUCAACAUCCUGGACCUGGAGGCAGCCACGCAUAAAAGACCCCUCACUUACCUCGGCUUGAAGAUUUUCACCAGUUUCGGAGUGUGUGACUUCCUGAACUGCUCCGAGGCGACGCUGCGCUCUUGGCUGCAGCUCAUGGAGGCCAACUACCACUCCUCCAACUCCUACCACAACUCCACGCAUGCUGCAGACGUCCUGCACGCCACGGCCUACUUCCUGUGCAAGGAGAGAGUCAAGAGCAGCCUGGACCAGCUGGACGAGGUGGCGGCGCUGAUAGCCGCCACAGUCCACGACGUGGACCACCCGGGCCGGACCAACUCCUUCCUGUGCAACGCGGGCAGCGAGCUGGCCGUCCUCUACAACGACACGGCCGUGCUGGAGAGCCACCACGCCGCGCUCGCCUUCCAGCUCACCAUGCGCGACGGCAAGAGCAACGUCUUUAAGAACAUCGACAGGAAUCAGUUCCGAACGCUGCGCCAGGCCAUCAUCGACAUGGUGCUCGCCACCGAGAUGACCCGCCACUUUGAGCAUGUCAGCAAGUUUGUCAACAGCAUCAACAAGCCAAUGGCUGCCAUCGAAGAGACCAGCACCAAUAGCACGAACAGCGACUGCGAGGGCCAGAGCAACAUCAGAAACUCUCCAGAGAACCGCCUGCUGAUAAAGCGGAUGCUAAUCAAGUGUGCAGAUGUGGCGAACCCCUGCAGGCCUCUGGAGCUCUGCAUCGAGUGGGCGGGCCGGAUCUCAGAGGAGUACUUCGCCCAGACGGACGAGGAGAAGCGACAAGGGCUGCCCGUGGUGAUGCCCGUGUUCGACAGAAACACCUGCAGCGUGCCCAAAUCCCAGAUCUCCUUCAUAGACUAUUUCAUCACAGAUAUGUUUGACGCCUGGGACGCCUUUGCCAGCCUCCCCAACCUGAUGGAGCAUUUGUCCGAGAACUACAAGUACUGGAAGAACCUGGACGACAUGAAGUGCAAGAGCCUGCGUCCUCCGCCGCCCUCCUGACUUCCUGCUCUCCUCUCUGGCACCGUGACCCUGACCGGACGCUAAAACAGUUAGUCAUUUCAGCCGCAGCGCUAAAGUAGCGCGUACGGCGAGAAAACGGGGCCAAUUUCCUGCCUGAGAGGAACGAGAUCGCUGACUGACGAGCACUGUGGCGCUGAUCCCGUCUUCAAUCUCAGAUGCUUUUCUUGUUCCAACUGAACAUGGUGUUCCACCGCCAUGGGAAAAGAAAAAACAAGUUUUCAUCUGACAGCCCGAAUUGCUGUCAUCCGGCAUUUUGUUCUGGCGCCUCUUUGAAACUGCCUGGACCUCGCAGCUCACCUGACAAUCUGUACCAUACAGCGUAACACGCCGGAAAUCUGCACUUUUGCAAAUCAAGACCUUUGGAUUUCGAGCUCCGUUUUGCUCUUUACUUUUUAUUAUUAUUAUUAUUUUCUUCAAACCUUGUCAUUUUAUAUCUGGGUGUGGUUCCAAAAGAGCUUGGCUAAAAGGUGAGCAUCUCUAGCGAUUGUGCUUCUUCGUAGAUGUGAGUUCGCAUCUCUAAAACGUCCGAUACAGACUUGUGAUGGUGCUCAGCUGGAAUUAUUCAUCCUUAAUAUCUAAAAAAAAAAAAAAACAAUAAAAACAUAUAUAUGGGACCAAACUGUAAGCAUCCCCAGUAGCCCUGAGCAGGAAGAGUGUCGUAGGGAAGAUUCCAAGAACAGAUCUCUGGAAGCAGCGGGGUGCGCCGAUAGUUCAGCCUCGUAGAUGAAACCUGACAACCAAGGGCUGUUCUGUGUGCUGCGGACGUCUUAAGGUCAUGUAGCCUGAGAAAAAAAGAUAGAAUCUGCAGCUUUAGCUUCUUUCCCGUCUUUAAUGUGUGUGAAAGCAGCCGAUGUGGACGAUGGAGAUGCUUUCAACGAACAGAAUGCACUGUACCGGGGUAAAUGUCGAACUUUUAGCUUUGUGACACAAACUGUAGAAAUGAACUGUGAGCAUCUGAGCAGGUUUUAUGUGGACAAAACUUUUAUUUUAGUAGUUUGGGGAGGAAAUUGACCUCAUAGAGCUCCCUCACCCCCCAAACAAAUUCAAUUGUGACAUUGAGAACAUUCAGCCAUUUAUUUUCUGAUUUGUCACACGUCUUUACAAACAAACGCGGCUCAGUCUGACCCAUGAGUUGUUACCCAGUAAGAUCUCUGAAGCCGUAAACACGACCAAUGAAAAAUCAGUUGAGUUUUUUAUAAAAAGACACACAAAAAAAAGAGAGAAGAAAACCUGAUCAAAUCACGGAUAUGGUACGUAUGCCCUCUGGUGGAC